GAGGCCCCCCGCAGUCCGCAUCUCAGCCCCCAGGGAGAGGAAGAGGAUCGCCCACUUUCCCAGCCCUUGCUUGGACACAGGUCCCACAGAUGCCAAGAGAACCCUGGCGGCCAGCAGCCACCAACGCUCCGAUGGCUCCAAGGUCGGCACACAGCCAUGGAAGACGCACAACAGGUCAGGGAUGGCAUACAGGACCUCCACCACCGACAGCUCUAAGCGAAUCGCCCAUCGUCCAUCCUUACGGAGUCUGAAGAAACCCAUCCUCCUCCGAAAGUCUGGGUGCCGAGUCCCCACCGUCAUCCGCCGAGGCUAUCUCCAACUGCUCACCAAAGAGUGUCUCCAGUUCUGCGCCUCCGAGCAGGAGGCGAAGGAGAAGGCGCUGAACGAGGAGAAGGUGGCCCACGACCGCAGCCCCAACAAGAACGUCUACCUGAAUGUGGUGCUGAACGCCCUCAAGAGACUGAAGGGCCUGACCCCCAGCUCCAUGCCCGGCCUCAGCAGGACCGCUCUGUACAGCCGCCUCCAGGACUUCCUGCUCACUCGGGAGCAGCUCAAGGAGAACGGCUACCCCUUCCCGCACCCCGAGCGGCCCGGAGGCGCCGUCCUCUUCACUGCCCAGGGGAAGGGGCCAGGCGACUCCUCCCGCAGGGUCUGCUGCCGCUGUGGCACCGAGUACCUGGUGUCCCCUUCGGGCCGCUGUGUACGCGACCAGGUGUGUUACUACCACUGGGGGAGGGUCCGCUCCAGCCAAGUGGCCGGAGGCCGGCUUACCCAGUACACCUGCUGUGCAGCCGCUCCUGGCUCCGUGGGCUGCCAGGUGGCAAAGCAGCACGUGCGGGACGGCCGCAAGGAGAGCCUGGAUGGCUUCGUGAAGACCUUCAAGAAAGAGUUUUCCAGAGACGCUUAUCCCGGAAUCUACGCCUUGGACUGUGAGAUGUGCUACACCACGCACGGCCUAGAGCUGACCCGUGUCACCGUGGUGGACGCCGACAUGCGGGUGGUGUACGACACCUUCGUCAAGCCCGACAACGAGAUCGUGGACUACAACACCAGGUUUUCCGGCGUGACCGAGGCCGACGUCGCCCAGACCAGCAUCACGUUGCCGAAAGUCCAAGCCAUCCUGCUGAGCUUUUUCAGCGCCCAAACCAUCCUCAUCGGGCACAGCCUGGAGAGCGACCUGCUGGCCCUGAAGCUGAUCCACAGCACCGUGGUGGACACGGCGGUGCUCUUCCCGCACUACCGGGGUUUCCCCUACAAGCGCUCCCUAAGGAAUCUCACGGCCGACUACCUCGGACAGAUCAUCCAGGACAGCCAGGACGGGCACGACUCCUGCCAGGACGCAAACGCCUGCCUGCAGCUGGUGAUGUGGAAAGUCCGAGAGCGCGCCGGGAUCCAGCGAGGCCACCCGUCCGCCUCUCCCGCCGCCCUGGCCUGUCCUCAGACCCAGGCCUCUUCCACAACUGCGAUCGCUCCCGAGAGCUAACC